CCGGGAGCGCCAAUGGAGUGGCGCGGCGGGCUUGUUGUCGUACGUCGGUGGGUAAGGGCUAACGGUUUCCGGUAGUAGUAGCCCCCAGAGGGGUGCGAGGAAAGAGGUGACGCCGGGACCCGAAACCUCGGAUCCCUGCAGCGUCGGCGAGAUGAUGGGCUACCGGGCGUCGGAAUUGGAAUCUAUGGAGGGCGAGGAGGCUGUGGGGGUCCCGGGGCCAGCCCCGGAGCCGAGAGCCCCGGAGCCACUAGCCCCAGAGCCCGAGCCGGGCUUGGAUUUGAGCCUGAGCCCGAGCCCGUUGCCCGAGAGUCCAGAGCGGCAGAACGGCAGCCCGGGACGGCGGAGGGGGCGGCGGGGCGGCCGGAGGGGGCGCCAGGUUCGUUUUCACCUGGCGCCGUCCUCCCCUGUCCGCUCCGAGCCGCUACUCGAGGCCGGCGUACCGAGCGAAGAUCCCGCGGCGCCCCAUGAGCUGGAGGCACCCGCCCUGCAGAGCAGCCUGGCUUUGAGUCUGGAGCUGCAGAAUGCGCGCGCCGCCGUGGCCAGCGGCCAGUUCGACGCCUCGAAGGCGGUGGAGGAGCAGCUGAGGAAGUCGUUCCAGACCCGCUGCGCCCUGGAGGAGACCGUGGCGGAGGGGUUGAACGUGCCGCGCUCUAAGCGACUCUACCGAGACCUGGUGAGUCUGCAGGUGCCGGAGGAGCAAGUUCUGAACGCGGCGCUGAGGGAGAAGCUGGCGAUGCUGCCGCCGCAGCCCCGAGCCCCGCCCCCGAAGGAGGUGCUCGGGCAGGGGCCAGACAUGACGGUGCUGUGCAACCCAGACUCUCUGUGCUACGAAUCUCCGCACUUAACAGUGGACGGGCUGCCCCCGCUAAGGCUUCAAGCCCGGCCCCGCCCUUCAGAAGAUACCUUUCUCAUGCAUCGGAUGCUGAGGCGCUGGGAAGCAUAGCCUUCACAACUCCCUGUAUUGCUAGGCAGUACGUUGUUAAAACUGUUUCCUCAUCGAAUAAAGUUUUUGUGUUUAAACAAUUGA